AUGCCCCGCUUUCGCCCAAUCGACGCUGAAAAGCCCGCCACCCGACCACAGAAGUGGAACGGCAACACUUAUAUUCGCGCCGAAUUCAACCAUCGAGCCGCACUCUACAUCCGGCGCAACGAGUACCCACCCCUCCUCCCCCCUUCAUUCUUUCAUCCUCCCCGCAGAGUAGGAACCGAACUAACACGAACUUCCACCAGAAAAUUCAAUAACGAGGCACGCAUCAUCAACCGGAAGCGGUGCAAAGGGCUUGUUGCCGCGGGCUAUGAUUGGCCGCCGAAUGGGCUUAUCAGGUUGGUCGACCCAAUCAGCGGAAAGGCGUGCGCGGAGGCGCCAUUUAGGCUGCAGCAUUUCAACUCUCUCCCACUGUCUGACUUUCUUAUAAUCAGCAUAUUUUAUGGCCUUGGCUGGAACCCAAAUCUGGCACCCGCUGUUAUUUCCGUGGGGCCGUGGCAUACUAGGGCCGAGAUGAUUGAAGAGUACAGGGCGUUUAUAGGCGCUAAUUAUGUCUGA